GCCUUUUUUUUUUCUUUCAUUACCUGCCUCGUUUCCCCUGCUCAACGUCUUCUUCCUUCAUUCUUUCCCUCUGUGCUUUACUCAAAUUGAAUAGCUGUGGACGUUAGCUCAAGUUAUUGAGUUGAAAUAAAUGAUCUGUUUCUGGUGAUUCGCUGGCCUGGAUCUAAAACUUUUCUGUAAUCUUGCCCUUUCUUCUUACGAUUUGGCUAGCGGACUCGGGAUAAAUCUUAAUUCAUUUUCUGGUUGUUGAUCUUCGUGAUAUAAGUUGCAGGUAAACAGACAAAAGAAGGGGAAAUUUGAGAUUCUCAUAAUGGAAGUAGAUCCUGAUGCAGAUGUUGACGAACAUGGAACUGAAGACAUUGGGCAGUAUGUGGGAGAAAGCAUGACAAAUGAUGGGGAGGUUCACACAACUGAAACUGUUGGGCAAAAUCUGGGCGAAGUCACGACAAAUGAUGAAGAAGUUCAUGCAAGUAAAGAUGGGCAGAAUGUGGGUGAAAGUAUGAUAAAUGAUGGAGAAGUUCAUGCAUUUGAAGAUGUUGGGCAGGAUGUGGGUGAAAGUAUGACAAAUGAUGAAAAGGUUCAUGGUGAAGAUGAAAGGAGUGCAGAUGUUCCAAAAGGGAUUAUGCACUUCAAGCCAUCUAAAGGAAUGGAAUUUGAAUCACUUGAGGAAGCAUAUUCCUUUUAUAGAGAAUAUGCUAGGAUUGCAGGAUUUAACACCAUAAAGAAAAACAGCUCACGUUCAAAAUCAAGUGGGGAAUUCACCCAUGCCACUUUUGCAUGCUCUAGACAAGGGAUAAAGCGAAACUCAGCUGGUGUCAGUAAACCACGCCCUUGUUAUAAGAUAGGUUGUGAGGCAUGCAUGCAUGUAACCAAGAGGAAACAUGGAAAAUGGGUAAUAAAUAAAUUCAACGAUGAGCAUAACCAUGAGCUUUUGCUAACCCAAUUGCGUUUUUUUGAAAACUUCAGGAGUAUAAGUCCAAUUAACAAGAGCAAUGUAGAAAAGGACAUGAGAAGUAGUUUUGAUAAGGAAGGACAUCUGGCUAUAGACACAGAGGAUACACAAGCUAUGCUCAAUUACUUCAUUCAUAUGCAAAAUGAGAAUCCAAACUUCUUCUAUGCAAUUGAUUUGAAUGAUGAACAGCAUCUAAGAAAUGCAUUCUGGGUUGAUGCUAAAGGUCGACAAGAUUAUGUUCAUUUUGGUGAUGUAGUAUCAUUUGAUACAACAUAUCUCACCAAUGGAUAUAAAAUACCAUUUGUACCUAUUAUUGGAGUAAAUCAUCAUUUCCAGUGCACGGUGCUUGGAUGUGCUUUGCUCGCAGAUAUGACUACACAAACAUUUGUUUGGUUAAUGCAGACAUGGCUUAGGGCAAUGGGUGGAAUAGCUCCAAAAACAAUAGUUACUGACCAAAAUGAAGCUAUAAAAGCAGCUAUUGCACAGGUUUUUUCUAAUGUCCGUCAUCGAUUUUGUUUGUGGCAUAUUUUAAACAAGAUACCUGAGAAGCUUGGUCAUGCAACUAAAAAGCAUGGAAACUUUAUGGUGGAAUUUGACAAAUGCAUUUAUAGGUCAUGGACAGAGGAAGAAUUUGAAGACCAAUGGUCCAAAAUGGUCCACAUUUUUGAACUUAGUGGAGAUGAAUGGCUUAAAUCAUUAUAUGAAGACCGAAAACAAUGGGUGCCAACUUUCAUGAGAGAUAAUUUUUUUGCUGGGAUUUCCACUACUCAGCGAUCUGAAAGCAUAAUCUCUUAUUUCGACAAGUUCAUGUACAAGGAAACAAGCUUGAUAGAGUUCGUUGAACAAUGCAGAGUUGCCCUCCGUGAUAGAUAUGAGAAAGAAUCCAAAGCAGAAUCUGAUUCAUGGCAUGGGACACCAGCAUUGAAGUCUUAUUCACCUUAUGAGAAACAAAUGUCAACAAUCUACACUCAUGAAAUAUUCAAGAAAUUUCAAGUUGAAGUUUUGGGAAUAGUUUCAUGCCAAGUAAGAAAAGACAAAGAAGAUGGGACUACUACAGUGUUUAGGGUUGAAGAUUUUGGAGUGCAGCAGGACUUCAUUGUGGCAUGGGAUGAGACAAAAUCAGAGAUUUCAUGCUUAUGCCAUUGUUUUGAAUAUAAUGGCUUUCUUUGCAGACAUAUGAUGGUUGUUCUCCACACUUCAGCUGUUUCUGAAAUCCCAUCCCACUAUAUAUUGAAGCGAUGGACAAAGGAUGCAAAAAAUUGGCAAGUUAUGAAUCAAAGAUCAGGGGAGGUGCAAUAUACAGAGCAACGGUACAAUGACAUAUGCCAACGGGCUCUCAAAUUGGGUGAAUAUGGAUCAAUAUCUCUAGAGAGCUACAAUCUUAUAGUUCUUAGAGUUGAAGAACUUCUGAGGCAAUGUGAAAACAUGCAUAACUCUGUUAAUGCUGCAGCACCCACUAUGCCUGUAGUGGAAAAGCAAGGAAAGAGGAGAAAUACAAAUAACAAAAAGCCAGCUGCAACAAAGCAACCCCCCAAAAAAAGAAAGGAGCAAUCUAUUCUAAGCCUUGAUGGUUACCAUAAUGGCACUGAGCAGAACAUGCAAGGCUACUAUGAUGGCACUCAACAAAGAAUGCAGGAGCUGGGACAAAUAAGUUCAGUGCCUUUAAGCCUUGAUAGUUACUAUGAUGAUCAAGGGAGCAUGCAAGCAACAGGAGAAAUAAACUCAAGGGGGCUAAUUUGUGAUGAUUCUUUUGCCACUGAACAAAAUACAGAGACACUACUUUUGCAGGCAGGCUCCAGGUUAGGAUCAAGGCCAUUAGAUGACAUGAUGUCAGCACAUUUGCAUGAAAAGGAUCUCUUUCUUUAACAGCACUCUGUCAAGGUGAUUUCAUGUCUCUUAAAUUCUUAAUGCUUUUAGUGGAGGAAAGAGCAAGAUAUCCUACUUGUUGACUAAUAUGAAAGAUCAAAAACAACAUUCUGUCAAGGAAAAAAAAUCAUAAUAAACAUAUUCUGUUGUAUC